GGAACAAACAAGUAACAAUUGGCAUGGUCCAACUUUGGAACAAGGCAUCUUGGGCAUACGGCUGAGAGCCUCGCGAGAACCCGAUACCAGUGAUGGAUCUGAGGAUUUUCGCCGAGGACAGCACUAUCGAGAGGACGGCUAAGGAGGAAGAAGGUCUAUAUAAACCCCCUUCCUCUCGUCCCUCCCUUCGGUCUCUUUCCUCUCCAGUAUCCAUCACAACAAGCAAGCCCAGCCCACAGAAACCGACAAGCCAAAGCCAGCUCCUCAGCCUUCCAAACAGCCAACAUGCAGUUCUCGAACAUCUUCACCGUGCUGGCCCUCGCCAUGACGGCCACUGCCCUCCCUGCCGCCGACGUUGCCGCUCGCACCGACUCCGGAUCGUGCAACAACAACCAGAAGGCCAUCUGCUGCAACGGCGGCCUCAUCGGCGGUAUCCUUUGCAGCGUCCAAAUCCUCGCAAUCGGAGAUAUCUGCAGCGGCGAAACCUUCUGCUGCUCCAACGACGUGAAACAGGGCGGUUUGCUCAACAUCAACCUCCUCAACUGCGCCAAGCUCCUCUAAGAGGCUCGAGCAAGCACCUGAUCUGGUGGUAUCGCUGGGGCUGCCAGUAUUGCUAUCUUCCAGGCAGCCCCAUCUUGAAUUCGAGCGCAUGGACUGGCCGAACUGGAGAAAAUGGCGAGGAUGAUGGUUCUGGUGGGCCUUCAGGAGAAUUUAUUUUCGCGUCGGCAUGGUGUUUGCUCAGGCCUGAGUGUACGCUCGCUGCAUCUUCUCAAUCUUUCAAAAUCCAAUCUCUUGCCGGCUAC